UUUUUUUUUUUUUUUUUUUUAAUAUAAAUAUAAAAUAAAAUAUGAGUAAUAAAACAACUCCCCUAUUGAAUGAUGAUCAUGAAUUAAUUAUCGUCGGAGCAGGAAUCGCAGGAAGUGUUUGCGCAGCAACCUUUGGUAAACAAGGAAGAAAGGUUUUACUUAUUGAAAGAGAUUUAAGUGAACCAGAUAGGAUAGUUGGAGAAUUAUUACAACCGGGUGGAGUAGCUGCACUAACUAAAUUAGGUUUAUCAAAUUGUUUGGAAAAUAUCGAUGCAAUUCCAUGCCAUGGUUAUGGAAUAUUUUAUAAAGGAGAAAAUGUGCAUGUUUUGUAUCCACCUUCUGGUGGUAAACCUUCUAUUGGUAAAUCAUUUCAUCAUGGUAGAUUUAUUAUGAACCUAAGAAAAGCUGCUGCAGAGACUCCCAAUGUUACGAUAUUUGAGGGAACGGCGAAUGAGAUCCUUAAAUGUCCAAUGACUGAUCGUGUAUUAGGAGUCAUGUGCACUCCUAAAGGACAAUCUGGCAUUACAAAAAUGUUUUUUGCGUCAUUGACAAUUAUAGCAGAUGGAUGUUUUUCUAAAUUUAGAAAAAACUUUAUUUCGAAACAAGUUGCAGUAAAAUCCAAUUUUGUAGGAUUUAUAUUGAAAGAUGCUAAAUUACCAUUACCUAAUCAUGGACAUGUCAUAUUAGGUAGAUCCCCAAUCUUAAUGUAUCAAAUUGAUACAAGAGAAACUCGCGUAUUAAUUGAUAUACCUGGCAAAUUACCAAGCAACGGCAAUGGGUCCUUAAAAAAAUAUAUUGAAAAUGAAGUGUUACCUAUUAUACCAAAAAGUGUACAAUCUUCUUUUUAUGAUGCUCUUCAAAGUGAAAGAUUAAGAAGUAUGCCAAAUAACUUUUUACCUCCUUCCAUUAAUAUUAAUGAAGGUUUAAUUCUUUUGGGUGAUGCUAUGAAUAUGAGACAUCCAUUAACUGGAGGUGGCAUGACCGUGGCAUUUAAUGAUGUAGCUAUUUUAUCAGAUUUAUUAUCACGUGAUAAUGUUCCAGAUUUUGAUGAUUCGAACUUAAUUUUGGCUCAAAUGCAAGUUUUUCAUUGGAAAAGAAAAUUUUAUUCAAGUACCGUUAUUAAUAUACUUGCUCAAGCUUUAUAUGCUUUAUUUGCUGGUGAUGGAGAUGAGUAUUUAAGAAUUUUGAGAGAAGCUACUUUCAAUUAUUUGAGAUUAGGAGGAAUUUGUGCUUCUGAUCCAUGUGGUUUAUUAGGAGGAUUAAUUCCAAAUCCAACAGUUUUAGUUGGUCAUUUUUUUGCUGUUGCUAUUUAUGGAACUUACAAAUUAUUUAUUAAUGGAAAAUUAACAGAUUUUCCUCAAAAUAUUCCAAAAAGUAUUUUAAUACUUUAUACUGCUUGUUUGGUUAUAUUUCCUUUUAUAUGGUCUGAAAUGUUGGCUUAAAAA